UUGAUGCGGUUAGCUCCGCCCCCGACACACGUGGGACGACCGAUGGUGCACAUCCUGAUUCAUUCAUGUCAAAAUUCUGACAAAUAUUUUCUGCAUUUUCCGACAAGAAAACCGCCACCAUAACUCCUCAUCGCAACCUUAGCGAGGAGAGGGUGUCUUCGGGCAUGGCUGGCUUCAAGCUGGGCAUCGUUCGACUGGGCAGAGCGGCGGGGAAGACGAAGUACUCCCUUCUGGAUGAAAGAGACAUUCCGCUAGUUGAGAAUUACGCUUUUGAGGCACAAGUUGAGGUGGACAAGGACGGGAAUGGAGCCAAGGUGUUUGCCUUCUGUUGGGAGAUAGAAAAGGGCAGAGCGUUAGGGAACUUUGUACACAAUAUUCUAUGGGAAAGACAUUGCGGAGGAAUUGCUCCAGGAUACAAGGUGGUACACAAAAAUGGGGUGACCGUAGACAACAGAUUAGAAAACCUCACGCUAGUGGCACAGACUAAACCAUUGAAGAUACAGGAGGGGACAAAAACAGAUAGCAGGGAGAACAACUUGUACUGGAUAGCCAUUCAACAGUUACCACCAGACCCUAUAGAUGAGCACUUUCCAGAAAUGUCGCAGUCUAAAGUGUACAAUGCAAAUGGAGAAGAGAUGGAAGAGGAGGAAGAAGGGACCAUAUAUUACGAAUGUCAUUAUCCGCCAUGCACGCUCAUAGAGGAAGAGAUGCACCAGUUUAGCAUCUGUGGUCGUUGUCAGCAAGCACGGUACUGUGGAACACGAUGCCAGCAGAAGGACUGGCCGGCGCACAAGAAACGCUGUCGAGAAAGGAGGAAAAACGCGGUAGAGGACUCCUCUGUGGAUCGCUAGUAGUAUAGAGAGACAGGUACAACACAAGUUAGUGAGGGGGUGGUCAUGUAGCUGAGAGCUUACAUGUGUAAAGUAAACAAUUACUAUAAUGAUAUGACAUAUUUUACAGAGUUUUGUUGCAUGAAAGUAGUCCCAAAUUUGUUGGUCAAUGUACAGAGAUUCCAUGACAUUGUUUUAUUUUUUGGCCUCUCUGCAUGCCCACCCCCUCUCCUGUCAGUUUAUAUUGGUAGGUGCAUCAGUACUUACUAAAGUAUGAUGAGGAGCUUCUAUAUUUGGUACUUACUAGAAAGAAGAGUAACUUUGUAGUGGCUUGACAUUUCUGGAAAAGCAUAUCCAACUGUAACUGUUUUUGUACAAAGUGCAAACUGUAUAUGAUUGUCCGCUUCUCAUAAAAGUAAGUAGAAUACUAUUUUCUCCUUAAUAUGGUGCAUGCGUAUUCAUAUCAUAUCAUAUCAUACAUGUAUGAUACUAAGAAGUUAUUCUAUGAAACGUUUCCCUGUCGUAGUAGAAAGGGAAAAUUUUGUACUUGUUGGUACGUGUAAGAAUUUUGUACCGUUUGGUUUUGUCGGGAGGGAAACUUAAUGUUCUGAAGAAACAUUUAGUCAUGAGAAUAGAACAUUCCUUUCAAAAAAAGGCAGACCUAAACCAGGGGUGCCAGAGUAUACAGUGCAAUUUUACGGAAUACAGUGCAAUUUUAUGGA